AUGGCUAUCUCCCAAGUACCUGAGGCUGUAGGCCAAGGCGCGAGCUGCAAGUCGAACGACGAAGCCAAGCCUGAGAACGAAAGCGGAAGAGAACAAACGACAGCGGUCGAAGAAGGCGACGUUGCUGGCUCUAUGCAAACACAGACCAGAAGCUGGUGA